GGUAAACUUCGACCUAUGGUCUACUUCACAUCAGGAUUUCUCACAAGAACUACCUCAAUCCUCGAGGAGCAUUAAACACCUAAUAACCAGUAACCUACAACCAAAGUACUCUCCCUGCCCCCGUUGGCAACAGAUAAAAAGGGGUCGGAAUCUAAGAAGGCAUCUAUCGAUAUCAACUUGUUUCAUCAUUUGCGACGACGACGACGACGACGACGAUGGGCUUCUAAUUGAUCCCUCGAGGGUGACUUGUGGCACCGUGGAAGCUUUUGACAGGAGGACGGCUUGAUCGAAGAACCAUCGAAAAGAACCAACGUGAACCCGAGAGAGAGAAGAGUUGAAAGAAAGAAAGAAAGAUGGCCAUCAAGGACUUUUCACCUAUGAACAAGGGUCAAAAAUUCGACGACUUUGAAGACCCCAAAGCUUUUGACAAGGAUGAUGAUUGUUUAUCCUGUAGGGUUCUGGGAUCGACCGCCCUGACGUCGUUGGGAGUAUACACGUAUUACUCUGGCAUGCAACAGUUACGGACUCAACGCAAGGUCAUCGAACUCAGCAAGUCGAAAUACAAGUACGGCUCACGACAAUUAGGGAUUGUGUCGUUGUCGGCCACGCUGGUCGGGUUGGGGAUUUAUCGAAUGUUCAAUUAGGUAGUCUAAUCAAUCGACGAACAUACCAAAAAGUACUCAUCUUCUCCUCACCAGGGAUGAUACGUUGUACAUUUGACUUGUAAUACUAGCGGACAGAGAUUUGAAGCCCCAAAUAUUGAGUACUGGUUAAAACACAUCAAUUAUUAAUGCCGACAAGAG